AUGGACGUGAUUACAAAUCUAGUCAACACGUGUGAACAAUUGCCGGUGACAGCUGAAAUGGUCAAAGACUAUUCCAAAAAGGAUACACUUUUGGCAGAAGUGUACGAGUACACAACCUCAGGUUCGUGGCCAAAUAAUAUUGAUAAAAGCUCACAAAUCGUUUUUUUUCACAACCGACGAGAUCAACUAUCCAUCGUAUCUGACUGUCUGAUGUUCAACGAUCGAAUCGUCAUCCCAGUAUCACUCAGAGCCCGUGUGCUCAAAAUGCUCCCAUCGUGCUCACACUGGAAUGGUGAGAAUGAAACAGUUGGCUCGAACUCUUGUUUACUGNNCCGUCAAUCGACCAAAGACAUUGAGAACAUCGUCAGAAGCUGUGAUCAGUGUGCGGCAGUGUCGAAGAAUCCCAUCAAGAACACUUUAUGCUCUUGGCCUAUUUCCACAAAGCCAUGGCAACGUGUACACGUGGAUUACGCCGGACCUGUCGAAGGAACCUAUUAUCUAGUAGUUGUUGAUUCCUUCUCAAAAUGGCCAGAAAUUGUUCCAACCACAUCCAUUACAUCAGCGGCAACCAUCAACAUUUUGCGAAAGAUGUUUGCACAGUUCGGAGAUCCGGAGACACUGGUGACCGAUAAUGGAACACAAUUCACUCUGCUCAAUUCCACGACUUCUGCAAAGACCGAGGAAUCCAACACACUCGGUCCCCGCCAUUCCAUCCACAAUCAAAUGGACAGGCAGAACAGCUAUCGCUCUUCGCCUUGUACCGCCAGUCCAAAUGGCUCAUCACCCGCUGAGAACUUCAUUGGCCGGAAGAUCCGUACAUUCCUGGAUCAACUUCUCCCAACCGACCAACUUCCCAACUCGCACGACACAGAGAUGGAGAAGCAGUUCAACAACCAGCAUGGUGCACGUUGCCGCAACUUCAACGUGGGAGAUAAGGGACUAUUCAACGUCGGAUUGGGCGUACAAUGUACCGCGUCACUGUGGACAACAACAACUUCUGGAUUAGACACACCAAUCAACUGCGCCGUCGUGACACUCCAACUUCGUUCGAUGUUCCACUCGACACUAUGGACACAAUGGACGCUAUCGAUUGGACACCGUUGUCAACAACCUUGCCCGACAGUUCACCAACAACUCCAGCGCCAAUACUUUCUGGAAGUNCCACGGUACAUUUCCAAAACCCAUCCGGAAAUCUACACGUACCGUCAAACCACCACCAAAGUUCGUCAUGAAGCCGAAAAAUAA